UUGAGAAACUCGCUGUGGGCCGAUAAAUUGUUAAACGAAUUUCCCUCGGCUUGUGCAUUCUAUCAAAAAAUUCAAAUUUAGCUAAUUUCCUGUCGCAAAAACUACAAAUUUCAACUAGAAUCCGAUACGUAACACGACAAUGGCACAAAAUAUCAAUCCAGAUCGCCCACACUCGUCCGCAUUGAAGAACAGCGAAGAUGUGAAAACAACCUUCGAUAGCCAUAGUGUUUCCAAGAGAUUACAAAAAGAGCUGAUGGCUUUGAUGAUGUCUGCGGGCCACGGAGUCUCGGCAUUUCCGGAGGGCGAGAAUUUCUUCAAAUGGAUCGGCACGAUAACGGGACCCGAGGGCACGGUAUAUCAAGGACAAAAAUACAAGUUGUCGCUGGAUUUCCCGAAUUCGUAUCCGUACACGGCACCUGUCGUGAAAUUCGUGACACCUUGCUUUCAUCCAAACGUCGAUCUGAGUGGCGCCAUUUGCCUCGACAUCCUCAAAGAUAAAUGGUCGGCGCUGUACGACGUCAGGACGAUCUUGCUUUCCAUCCAAUCGUUGCUCGGCGAACCCAAUAACGAGUCACCUCUCAAUGCACAAGCCAGUCAAAUGUGGUCGAAUCAGGCAUUAUACAAAAAAUAUCUAGAUGAAUUUUACGAAAAGAACAAAGAUUGUUAGAUUUCAUUCACGCUAUAUAAUUAUUAUUAUUAUUUCUCGAUUCUCACCAAAAAAAAAAUCACUCUCUUUAAAAAUUUACAAUAUUUUUCAUCAUUUCUCGGUAGAUAGAAUUAAAAAAAAAAUGAAAAUCGGUUUAAAAAAUUGUGUGCGUGAGUGAAAAAGAGUGCUUUAAUUGUAAAUUCGCUGCUUUUUUAUUUCUUUUGAAAAAUUCUCUCUCUUUGACACUGAGCAGCAAAUUAGACUCACCCCUUUUGUUUUUCUUUUUUUCAAAUAUUUAAAUUAUCAUUCUCAACAAGGAAGGACAUUUCUAUUGAGACCAUUCAUUCAUCAUCAUCAAUUCAAGUACAAAUCUCUUUUCAAAUUAAAAA